AAGUGCUCCAUUCUGCCUGCAAGGUUUUGCAGCUUGAGCGAGCAGAAAGAUUCAGACAAUAUUCCAUGGAGUCUCGCGCAGCUUUCAGCAUUACACCAUUCUCUGCUGGGUAGCUCCUUGCUGCAACGGCACAGGAAAGAUCGCCAAUACCUAUCUCCAAAAGAGACGCUGGUUUGAGUUGGCAAAAGCUUGAGAAACGUGUGCCGUGCCGAGAUCCGUGCCUCAGCCUGGCAAGUGUGCUUGAAAGUGGAAAGACCGUCUUGCUGUUUCUAAUAAGUUGACCGUCAAUGAUACUCAAGCAUACAAAAGACAAAGAGCGCAUUGGAGGUGCUGCCGUCUCUGAUUAGUUGGAGUUUCUUUGUCUAAAGAAGCUGAUCAUCUGAGCUGACUAGUGUCUUUGCUAGCUAGCGCCCGAUUUGGUGGCCAUAUUUGUGGCAAUCUAAAAGUCGUAGACCUUUGAAAGCAGUGUCAAAAUGGAUAGCGAGAUCAAGACGGAAGUUGGGCCUCCUCAGGCGCCGCACAGCAGAGCUGGGGCUCCUCAGUUGACUAGGGUCCUGUCUCAAAAGGAGAAAGCACCGCUGGAAACAACUGCCGCUGUCGGUGUCAUGCCCACCCGCGAGAAGAAGCUGCAGUUCGUAAGCAAGGAGCAGGAAGACGAGAGCCAGCGUUUGAGGGCGAUGAUUGAGAAUCUGCUGCACCUCAGCCCUUAUGCUAUGUGCAUUACAGACAUGCAAAAGGAGGACGAGCCUAUUGUGUACGCCAACGAGUGCUUUUGUACCUGGACCGAGUACCCAGAGGACUUCAUUGUGGGGCGCAACUGCCGCUUCCUCCAGGGCCCCAAAACGGACCGCGCAGUCGUUGUUGCGAUGCGUGACGCCAUCAACACGGGAUCAGAGUUUAGGGGCAUGGUUACAAACUACAGCCGAACUGGGACUCUGCUCUACAACAACCUGGUGAUGACACCUGUCAAGAACCGCGACGGCACCGUCACGCACUACACCGGAAUCCAGAACUUCAGCCUGGAUCCCCCCAACAUUGACAACACGCCCAAGGCGCCCCUUGAGGUUGCGUUCAACCCACUGGCGCAGCACAUCGCGCUCUGGCAAGAGUCCCACACCAAGGGGGCCGGCCCGAAAGAAGCGUUGAUGGUGGAUACGAACGAGCUCCUCCAAGAGAUGGCCCAGGAGGCCGCGCACGCGGCGACGUCAUCAUCCCCAAAGUCGCCCAAGAGUCCCAAGUCCGCCAAGAGUUCCCCGUUGCGCAAGUCUCCAGACAGCAAGGCCGGCUCGUCUGGGAAGUCGAAAUUCUCCGACAGCCCUUACGCGGUCCCGCUUGUGGCGAGCCCCAAGGGCUCGGGAUCCUCGUCUCACGCCCCGGCCGCAAAGCGCGCCCCCAAGGAGAUGUCCUCGGUUCCUGAGAUGGGUCCCAGCAAAUACAUGAAGCCGGUCAACCUGAACGCGGACGCUUUCCAGCCCGGCACCAUUUCCGCGCGCGCCGGCCGCCCCGGCUCGUCGCGCCGUUCGAUGAGCCGGCGCCAGGGGGGUGCGUGCGCGGUAACGCCAGACGGCGACGUGUGGAUGGAGUUACUGCUGCGCUCGCUCAACCCCAACAGCGUGCCCAUGCUCCCCAACCAGCCGGCCGCGGUGCCGUCCAAGAGCCGCGCGAUGACGUACGACGACUUUGAGACGGCCAAGAAGGAGCGCAUUGCCGCUGACGUCGCCGUGCAGCCCGCCGCUGUCGACGUCAUGUAAUUUAAGGGUACGGAAGAAUGGAUAUACACGUCAGCAGGAGAAGGCUGAUGGGCGGCGGUAAGCUGAUGGGCGGCGGAGCGAAGGCAGGAGUUGCCGCAAAUGGCCGUGGUUACUAGAUCGACCAGGAUGCAAAGAGGCCUGUCUGGGCGCUCGGUUAGAAGGAAAGCGAUGUUGAGGACAUUGUAUGCCCUAAGAUGGAAAGACGUCAGCACGACGUGGAUAGGUGUAAAGGGGAAUAGGUCAGGCGAGUUUGUUUGACUCAAACAGCAACCGGCGGACCGCACCAAAGCGAGGAAAGACCUGCUGCAUAAGCACUGCAAACAUAAGUCGCCUAGCUUGGGGUGUUUGGAACAGAAGUCAAUAUUGACUGCUAGGAACUACGCGGCGUUGAUAGCGUAGGCAUUUGUGCCACAGCAAGCAAAUCCAUCGCGACAAUCAGCCAGCAACCCUCGUUACUUCCAGCAAAGAUGCACAGCAAUCGCCACAUGGGUUUUCAAGUGGUAGCAAGUAGCCGUUUGGAAAGAAACACCUUGUUUGGACAUCGCUUUGGAUUUGGGCGUUCUAGCUAGACGUCUGAAAUUGUACGCGAGCUUGAAUUUAGGUUCUUCACUGGAGAUCUGAAGACCGUCGAGACUCAUCGGUUGCAUUGAGGAAUCUCGGUUUUUAGAUCGCAACGCAUUAACCCGGGCCGGGCCCACCAGAUUUUAAUAGACAUGUUUUCAUUGUACCCCGGCGGUCUGUGCCAGGUGGUCUGCAGAACUUCUCAUAACAUUGCACGCGUUG